AAAUUAUGAUAACAUAACCAACCUAUUUUAGUUUUCCUUUAGUUGAUCCUUUUAUUAUCAGUUGUCUAUGUGUGCCUAAUAUCAUUAUUUUUGUUUACGAAUUUAUUUAAUUGUUUUUGUUUAAUUAGCCAGCUAUUAUCUAAGAUGAAGUUUGUUUAUACGUUAGCUUUUAUUUUAAGUAUAAAAAUAACAGAAUCAGUUACACCAGCCUUAAUUCUUACCCCUCUUAUAGAAGGGAAUAGAACUGAAGAGGCCAGAAAACUUGCUAGCGUCGAUCCUUUAUUAUUUCUGAACGUGACCAGCUAUUCUGGAUUCCUUACGGUCAAUAAAAGAUACAACUCAAAUCUGUUCUUUUGGUAUUUCCCCGUUCCUGAUAAGCCAGUUGACAAAACUCCUUGGAUUAUUUGGCUGCAAGGAGGCCCUGGCGCGACUAGUCUCGCUGGCGUGUUUGACGAAAUCGGACCAUUUGAAUAUAAGAAGGAUUUAGGUUUAAAAAAACGUGAUUGGACAUGGUGCCGGGAAUAUUCAAUGGUGUUUAUCGACAAUCCAGUAGGCGCUGGAUUCAGUUUUACAGACAGCACGGAAGGUUACGCAAGAAAUAUGACUAUGUACUCUACCCAAUUGUAUUUAGCAGUACGGCAGCUGGUGGUACUAUUCCCCGAGUUACAAUCGAGCGAGUUAUAUGUAGCGGGCGAAUCAUACGCCGGACAUUACAUACCUGCUUUCGCACAAACUACGCUACAAGAAAUGACUGACCAAAGAAAAUUAUACAACUUAAAGGGUUUAAUCAUGGGUAACCCAUUACUGGACCGCGAGGGAGUAUCAAACUUUACAUCUGUGUUCUACCACUGGGGUCUCAUCGACCGGCAGGGUGUUAUAGCUGUCGCCUCCCUUCAGGAACAGUUUACAAAGGCCGUUCAAAAAGGAAAUUCCAGCGCCGCCGUUGAGCUUCGCAAUCAGUUGCUAGAUAAGUUGCAACAGAUUGCAUUCAAGCCUGACACGUAUAACGUAUUGAAGAGUUAUCAAAAUUUGGAGGAUUUCGCUCAAUAUAUAGCCUUGGAGAAUGUCCGCGAGGCGCUGCAUGUUGGUACAAUAAGGUUCACGUUCAGCAACGCCUCUGUUCAUACUUAUAUUGUAGAGGAUUUCUUAAGUACUAUGUCGCCGAUUGUCACUUCUGUGUUGGAUCAUUGCAGAGUCCUCAUUUAUUGUGGCCAGUUGGACCUGACAGUGCCGUGCGCGCCGGCGGCGGCGUGGCGGCGCCAGCACUGGCGCUGGCGCGGCCGCGAGCUGUGGCUGCACGCGCCGCGAACGCCCUGGUGGUACAACGAGUCUCAUGCCGGGUACAUUAAAAGCGGAGGAGGUUUUACAGAAGCAUUAAUCCAAGGUGCUGGUCAUCUAGCACCUGUCGACAAACCGGAGCAGGUGCAGCAGCUAGUCUCGUACUUCAUCAGGGGACUGGAUCUGCCGAUGCCACCGAACUAUCAGGUGGAUCCAGCGAAUACUCCAGAGUAUACCGAACCGGACCAGGAAAGUGUACCAGAAACUGGUACUGGUUUUAAAACCGGUUUGAUAGUCAGUAUCAGUUUGAAUGUUCUACUAGCGAUAGGUCUACUUGUGCUGGUGGUGUUGGCUCUGCGUUGGAGGAGGAGGAACGAGGACUUCUUCUACUCACCACUCUCAGAUGGUAUACUGUCUAUGACUUGACUAUUUAAAAUGUUUUUAUCUAUGUAACAACAUAAAUAAAACUAUUUGUGAGGGCAUUUUUCAGUUUGGGUAUCUCAAAAAUAUCAAAAAAUUGCUUUAAAAACUGAAAAAAAUAAAAAAUUGUUUUUUUUUGCCAACGUACUCAGUUUUUUUUUUGGAUUUUUUUCAAAUGAAACAUAAAGUCUAACUUUUACUGUUUUUUUUAAUUGCGGUAAAUUAGCGGGGCCCAAAAAGAGAAGAGAAAAAAGCUUGAUUUAUAUGACAAAAAUUUACGAUAUCAAUUUUUUUUCAAGGAAAAAAAAAUAAAGGAAAAAAUAUAAACAGUUACCAUUUGUAUUUUGAAUAAAGUUAUCUAUUUGUAUGUUUUAUAAAAAAAAUAUUACUGUUUAAAAAAUCCACUUUUGUGGUCACUUAACAAACCAUAAUUAUUUCUCUACAGUACAAAUUGAAUCUAGUAUUUAAUUUCUGUUACAUAUAUCAAGGUGUUAAAAAUGUAACGAAAUAUACCGUCUUCAAAUGCAUAAUAUCACAUCCUGCCUAUCUUUGUCUAUAAGAAUACUUGAAUGUAAAUUAUUGUAUAUUUUAUAAAAUUUAUAAAAAUAAAAUUUACUUAUAA